AUGGAAGAACGAAUUCAUCAGGAUAUUCUCGAAGCCAAAGCACAAUUUGAAAAUCAAGAUGCACAAACAUCUUCAUCAACGAAUCCUUUGUCUCAUUUUCGUUUUCGGGUUGUUCCUGAUCUUAAAUGUAACGAAUUCGAUAAGUCAUUAUCAAAAACUUCGAAUAUCUCUUCAGAAUGGGAUCAUAUUGUAAAUUAUGCACUAAUGAACAAAAAUUUUGAGAUGUUCAAGCAAUCUUUGUGGUUUAUUCGUGAUCAGGACGAUAUGUGUAUUCGAAGAGCUUUGAUUGCCGAGUAUAUUCGAGUGUGUUGCUACACGACAGAUGAAGCCGUGAACGAUUGCAUUGAUCAAUUACUUGAAUAUCUUCAUCAGGAUAUUGAAAGCACAUGGCAAUAUGAUAUUAAUUUUCUAUUCGAACUUCUACAUAUGGCUGGUGUGAAUGUCGAAAAACUGAGUAGCUUAUUGGUGGAACUAGGAAUAAAAGAGUUAUUGAAUGAUGUUCAACUUAUAUUGAAAUUGAAUUAUGAUGAUAAGACAAAGAGUCAAGCAUCACAAAAUCAGAUAAUUAACUCAAUUAAAUGUGUAUUUCGAAUCGUUCUUUCAUUAUGUUACUUUCAAGUAGAAAAAUUGAAAUCAAAUUUAUCCAAUGAUAAUUAUUUAUUUUUAUUUCUACUUGGUUUUUACCUACAACUAGAUCGUCGUUUUCAAGAUAUUAAUACUAUUCACAUUGCACGACGUUUAAUGACAAAUGCACUGACAUUAAUUACGACAACAUAUUGGAAUGAUAAACGUGAUCUACUUGUCAAGUGUUUGUAUGGUCUAUCGUUGAAAAACGUCUACAUCGUUGAAUUAUUCUUAAAAACCAAUGAACGUACUGUUCGAAUUCGUACUCAACUAGCGUUAUUACAUCUGAAACGUUUAGUAAACAUGAUUGAACACGAGAAGAAGAGCGAGGCGAUGAUUAUCGACGAAAUUAUUCAACAUAAACUAAAUCCACGUUUAUUUGAACGACAAAUCGAUUUCAUCGAUUGUGUUCGACUACUCGGAGAUAUAGUUGAUAGUUAUCCCAUCGAACAAAGACUCAAAUGUAUAGCGAAACUUUAUGCGGUCAUUCAACCUUAUACGAAAACUACUCAUGAAAAGCUGUUAACAGACGAACAUGUACUUCUACUUUUCGAUGAUUGGCAACGAUGGGCUACUAUGCUUAAACCAUAUAUGAACGAUGACGAUGUACAAAAACUUACCGGUGGUGCGUCCGGUCUAGGUCUUGCUUGCGCGAAACGAUUUUCUCGCCAAGGAGCACGAGUAAUUAUAUGCGAUCUACCGGCAUCGAAAGGAAGUGAGGUUGUGCAGAAAUGGGACAUCAUCUCUCAAACUUCAAGUCAAGAACUCGAUGAACAAGCUGAAAAACUUGCUGCUCCACGAAAUGCACAGGACGAUGGACAGAAGUCAACUGGAAAUAAGACAAACAUUCCUUCAGCGAAUCAAAAUUUACAAACCGAUGGACCCUAUUUCUUUCCUGCAGAUGUAACUAACGAACAACAGAUUCAAGAUAUGUUCAAUAAAGUCAAACAACAAUAUGGACGUGUAGAUGCUGUUGUCAAUUGUGCAGGUAUUGGCGUUGCUUUCCGAACUUAUAACAUCAAUAAACGUUCUAUGCAUGGUCUUGAUGAAUUUAAACGUGUACUUAACGUCAAUGUCGCUGGCACAUUCAAUGUGAUUCGUUGGGCUUGCCAUAUUAUGGCUGAUAAUCAAUCAGAUGCUCAAGGUCAACGUGGAGUUAUUAUUAAUACCGCAUCUGUAGCAGCUUAUGAAGGUCAAAUUGGUCAAGUGGCUUACGCAGCAUCGAAAGGUGCUAUCGUUUCAAUGACAUUACCAUUGGCACGUGACUUAGCGAACAUGGGUGUUCGAGUUUGUGCCAUUGCACCUGGCGUCUUUCAUACACCCAUGCUGGGAUCUUUACCAGCAAAAGUUCGAACAUUACUAGGCAAUAUGGUACCAUUUCCGGCACGAUUGGGAAAUUCUGAUGACUAUGCACAUCUUGCUCAAGCAAUUAUUGAAAAUCCAUAUCUUAAUGGUGAAAUUAUUCGAUUAGACGGCGCACUUCGUAUGCCACCGUAA